AUGGCAGCAACAACAGUAAGGUAUGCAGUUGUCACAGGAGCAAACAAAGGGAUAGGAUUUGGGAUUUGCAAGCAAUUGGUUUCUGAUGGUAUCACUGUGGUGCUAACAGCAAGGGAUGAGAAAAGGGGUGUUGAUGCUGUUGAAAAACUGAAAGAGUUUGGUGUGCCUGACAAAGUGGUAUUUCAUCAGCUUGAUGUGACUGACCCUAAAAGCAUCGAAUCCUUUGCAAAUUUCAUCAAAACCCAGUUUGGGAAACUUGAUAUCUUGGUGAAUAAUGCAGGAAUCAAUGGAGCUACUGUCGACCGUGAUGCUUUAGCUGCUGCAGGGGAAAAAAUUGACAGUGUGGAUUGGAGAAAAUUCACACAUGAAACUUAUGAAUCUGCAGAAGCAACCAUCAGAACAAAUUACUACGGAGUCAAAUUAAUGUGUGAAGCACUUAUUCCCCUUCUAGAAUUGUCAGACUCACCAAGGAUUGUUAAUGUUUCCUCCAUCAUGGGACAGUUGGAGAGAAUACCAAAUGAAUGGGCUAGAGGAGUCCUAAGUGAUGUUGACAGCUUAGCAGAAGAAAAGGUGGAUGAAGUUUUGAAACAGUUUCUAGAAAGUUUUAAAGAGGGUUCCAUAGAAACCAAAGGGUGGCCUCGUACUCUUUCCUCAUAUAUACUCUCAAAAGCUGCUUUGACUGCCUACACAAGGGUUCUGGCAAAGAAGUACCCAUCUUUCUGCAUCAAUGCUGUUUGCCCUGGGUUUGUAAAAACAGAUCUCAACUACAAUACUGGUUAUUUUAGUGUUGAUGAAGGUGCUGAACGUGUUGUAAGGUUGGCUCUGCUACCUAAUGGAGGUCCUUCUGGUCUCUUCUUUUCUCGAGGUGAAUUUGACGUGGAAACAAUAAAAAAGUUGUUUGGACUCAACGCGCUUACGUUACGAGGAAAAUUUAUGAGGGGAGAAUUAGUGUGA